UAUCGUUCGAAAAUUAUUAGUUAAUAGCUAAAUAAUUUAAAUGCAUUGAAACUCCGAUGGCAGAAUUGAAAUUAAAGCGACGAUCGUUAGCGGUCCUAAGAUUUUCCACGUAAGCUAUAAAGUUUUCGAAGAAAAUUAACCUUAACGAUUGGACCAUUUUAAACGAAUAUCGUUAGCAACCAAUUAGGAAUUAACGCUGAUGCUCAGGACCUCCGAAUUAUAUUCUGGGCCGGUCACUUUCACUUGUAUAGUUGCUCUGGAAAGUCAACGUUUUCGUGAUGAAACUGCCUGUAGUCCUGCUAGACAGCAAGAAGAAAGAUUUCUUCAAGUUCAACGGUGCCACAAUGGAAUGUAACUUUCCAUUUCGUCUGGUUUCAUAAAACGAAUUUAUUCCGGUUUUCAGCAAAUGCUUAUGAUUACAAGCGAGCAAAACGAGCGUCGCAAAGAUAAUCCCACUCGAAAGAUUGACGAGCGAUGACACAAAGAAAUAAUCGAACCGCAUUAUUUAUGACGGCGAUGCUGCUAGUCUUAUCACAAAUAGAGCUCAUUUAUUUUGCAAAAUCGAAAUGGCCGUAUUUACUUGCAACGCAAAAGAAAACGAUUACGAUAACCGAUUACUGCCUUUGUUGUAACCUUCUGGUCGACUAAACUUUAAAGAACAGGGACUUCCAUAAGAACACCGUAUUCGCUGGUUGAUAUCUGGAUCUCCUUGACACGUGAAAUUCUGCGGCCUUAAUCCCAAUUAUUCCAUGAUAUGGUGGUUAUGAUCAUUCUCAAGAACUAUUCGCAAAAAUUUUAUGCACAAGACCUACACAAGAAGAAUAUUUUCCUUUAUUCGAUACUCGUCGUUCUAACCGAAGGAAAUGCGACGAUCACUAUUAAACGUUUUGUUAGACGGUGCUCCAGUUUGUAAAUUAUAUGGAUAGCGCGCGGCAAUGGAACAACGCUCUCCAUGGAUUGUCUUCUUUCAUUAUCUUCGGCAUUUGAAUCAACGUUUUUGCUAGUACAGUAAAGAUAGUGUCGUCUUUUACGACAUAAUAGCUUUUUUAUUCAGAAUUUUAAUUUAUUAUUAAUACAUAUCCUUGUUUCAUAUCAUUAUCGGCAUAACCGGUUACGAUGAGUCGAUUGAAGCAGUUUAACUGCAAUUAUAUAAUGGUUGGACUAAUUAGCGUUAUUUUUAAACUCGUUUAUUUUUUCAUAAAACAUUAAAUCAUAAUCAAUAUUUUUUCAUAAAUCGGUCAAUCAUUAAAUAACCGCGAUAAAUAUUUAUAGAUUUCACUGAAUCAGCUGCAUGUAGGUUUGCUAAUUGAAAGAAGUCAAUUGAAGAAAUAAUACUUUCUUUUCCAGGUACACAAUUUCUAUUUAACCCUUAACUGAUACAGUAGAAUUUCGAAAAAUUUUAUUUAAAAAGGGUAACUCAAGGAAUUAAAGUAACACUAACUGUUCCUAAUUUACCUAUAAAUUAUAAGGGUUAAAGGGGUAAAAAUUUUUGGUAGAGUACAACGUCGUAAGUCUAUUAAUAAGGUGUUAAUAUAAUAAGUAAAGAUUUAUAUUUGUUUAACAAAUUUGCGAUCGUCUUCCAAAGAUCAAGUCUACAUCAGGAAUGUAUUCAUGGAGCACAUGUGAGAUUCAUAAAAUACUAAUAAUAUUGAAAUUGAUUGCAGUAGAGGAUGAAAUAAAUCCAGAAAAUUAAUUCAGAGCUAUAAAGUGUCAGAAAUAAAGAAGAAGAGGCAGGCGAAACUAGAUGGUAUAUCGAUGCAUUUUUAAUUAUCGCAUUUGUUAUUCGUACGUGCUUCUUGAUUAAUGCGCGCAGACUAUUCUCCGAGAGAUCGUCGAGAGGGUAAAGGCGUACCGAAGCCGUCGUUUCAUUCAGUACACCGACAACCGUAGUGCCGGUGAGACGAGUAUCUCUAACCGUACGAGGACGACUUUCGCACAGAACGCGAGUGACCGUCGAAGAUCAGCGAUCAGGAGAGAUAGAAACGGUGUACGAUUUUCGAUAGUGCCCUCCACGUCCAGAAGCCUUAAUAUACACCCCGCACUGGGUCGAGCUAUGAUAUCCUGAUCGAUCCGCAUUCUCGAAUCGCAGAAGAGUCCGUAUCGAAGCCUCCGUUGGAAGAAUCAUGUCUUUCUUAAGAUCUGCGAGUGAUGUGAUAGGUUUCUUGAUUCUCGCGGUGAUAUCCAUCGCUGAGAGUAUCAUCAAAUCAUUGAUUCCCAUGAAGUACAAGAUGAAGAACGUCGCAGGUGAAAUUGCGCUCGUGACCGGGGGUGGAGGAGGCCUAGGCAGGCUAAUUGCCCUCAGGCUCACCAAACUUGGCGUUAUCGUUGUCAUCUGGGACGUUAAUAAAGCUGGUAUGGAGGAGACGGUGAAGCUGGUGCAAGCUGCAGGUGGCGUCUGUUACGGCUACGUUUGCGAUUUAUGCGACCGCGAGGAUGUCUACAAGAAAGCGGCGCUGGUCAAGGAAGAGGUUGGCAAGGUGACAAUUCUCAUAAACAACGCCGGUGUCGUCAGUGGGAUGAAAUUUUUGGAUACUCCGGACAAGCUGAUUAUUCGGACGAUGGACGUGAACGUGAUGAGCCACUUUUGGACCACGAAGGCAUUCCUGCCGUCAAUGAUGGAGAACAAUAAGGGCCACAUCGUGAGCAUCGCCAGUCUGGCUGGCCACAUAGGAGUGCCAAAGCUAGUGGACUAUUGCACCUCGAAAUUCGCAGCGAUCGGUUUCGAAGAAGCCCUCCACAUGGAACUAGCGGCUGAGGGAUACAACAUCAACACGACUGUGAUAUGUCCCUUCUUCAUUCGUAGUACGGGCAUGUUCGACGAAGUUGCGCCUAGAUUCUUCCCGAAACUGAGCCCGAACGAGGUGGCGGAUCGCGUGGUGUCUGCUAUGAGGUGUAACGAGAAGAUUGCGGUAGUGCCUGGUUAUCUUUAUCUUCUACUUGUUUUCAAAUGGAUUUUCCCGUGGGCCUGCGCGGGAAGGUUAAUACGCGGCAUAGUGCCCACCACUGUCACAUACACGUCGUACGAAGUUAAACCUAACAAGGAACCUGCACCUACCGUGCUGUCUAAAGAACAGAACAACGGAAACAUUCAUCAACAAUUAACUAGACGCGUAUCCAGUUCCGAGAGGAAACCUUAAUCUGAUCGAUCAGUACGUUUACCGUAUCUUUCAUUUUCACGGGUGCAAAAAUUUCUGAAGGAAAGAAAAAACGACUUAUAGUAGUUUAGAUGUUGACCCGUUUUGUAAAGUGUACCGCGUUUUCGUGCGUGACACACGCACGUUGGAAUUUGUUGUAUGUAUAUACAAGACAAAAAGACAUGAACGAGUUAUUGCGCAAUAUUGGGACAUGUUUCGUAGAACGAGACGAAGAAAAAGAAGCGUUGGUAAAGCGGGUGUCUUUAUCACGGCUCUAUGGAGACAGCCUAAUAGAGAGACUUGUAUCUCGAAUCGAAAGAGAUUAAUCGUAAGAAAAAUGCACUUUGGUGUUAAUUGUUGAAAAAACAAAUGCACGUACACGGUGAUAUUAGUUGGAAAAAUAUUUUCGAUGCAUAUAUCAAAAUUGUCCAAACUUGUUGUUUGCACGAACAGUUGCACAGACGUCCAUCGCGUAUUUCGACGUUCUUGUAUAAUAAUCGUAUGUUACUUACUGAUACUGUAAGUAAAAAAUGGUCUAGACGACACGGGUACAAUUUAUACAAUCGGCGACUAUGUGAUACAAUGAAUAUUGUACAUCAACAUUAGUAUAAGGAUUUGCUUAAGAAUAGGUUAAGGAUUUUCUAUUUGUAUUUUGUGAUUGUAGAAAAACGUGUGUUCGAAACAUGUUGCAAAAAUGAUUCACGAAUGUCAAACGAUAGCAAAAGAAAAUAAAUUUUGUCAUUUUUACGUGUUGGCCCAUUUUAAAUUAUCAGCCAAAUAAAUUUGUGGCGUAUCAAGGCAUACCGUAAUACGAUAUUAUUUGUGCCAUAUGUUUUUCGUAAUACGCUGUUCUAUAACAUUGUAAUAAAGUCAGAUUUUCUACUCUU